GACGUUUGACUUUUAUUUUCGUAGAAAGAACGUAACAGAUAACAUUCAUUGACAUGUUCUUUUCGCUCUAGUUAUUACAGUUUACUAGGAUUAGAUUAAACCAGUAGAGAGCAUCAAUUUUGUUUUGUUAGAAAAUUAAGUUUUAGUUAAUAUUUAUUCCCAUGAAAAUGUCCGCUACUACUAAAGAAAGAAUCGUAACAGACGGAUCACAAACAGUCACAGAUCCGAGCCCUGUUUUGAGUUUACGAGAAGAAUAUUAAAAUUCUCAUCUUUAACCAUUUUAUCCGAUCAUGAAUGUGAGAGACGAGGGAAAAACUACGGCGGAGAAACACGGCGGAGGAGAGGAGAAUAAAUCACCGGAGAACAAAUGGCGAUUUAAUUCUCCUCUAGCUCAAGUGAGCUUAAUGGGAUUCGUUUGUUUCUGUUGUCCAGGAAUGUUCAACGCUCUCUCCGGCAUGGGAGGCGGUGGUCAAGUAGAUCCAACCGCUGCUAACAACGCUAACACCGCCGUUUACACCGCUUUCACCGUUUUCGGCCUUUUAGGCGGCGGGUUUUACAACGUCCUCGGUCCACGGCUCACGUUAGCCGCUGGAUGUUCGACUUACGUACUCUACGCCGGAUCUUUCCUCUACUACAACCAUCACCACCACCAAGCCUUCGCGAUAGUCGCCGGAGCUUUACUCGGUUGCGGCGCGGGACUUCUCUGGGCCGGAGAAGGAGCUGUGAUGACGUCAUACCCUCCGCCGCAUCGGAAAGGCACUUACAUAGCGUUGUUCUGGAGUAUCUUCAAUCUCGGCGGCGUUAUCGGUGGAUUAAUCCCGUUUAUCCUCAACUACCAACGUAGCUCCGCCGCAUCGGUCAACGACUCGACGUACAUAGCGUUCAUGUGUUUCAUGUUCGCCGGCGUUCUUCUCUCUUUCGGUAUCCUCCCGGCGACCUCCGUGAUCCGUAACGACGGAUCUAGAUGCUCUGCCGUGAAAUACUCCCGUCCGUCAACUGAAGCAGCCGCCGUGCUACGGCUAUUCCUCGAUCGGAAAAUGCUCCUCAUCGUCCCCGCGGCUUGGGCUAGCAAUUUCUUCUACAGCUAUCAAUUCAACAAUGUGAAUGGACUCCUCUUUAACUUAAGAACCAGAGGAUUCAACAAUGUCUUCUACUGGGGAGCUCAAAUGGCUGGAUCCAUCGCCAUUGGUUACGUGAUGGACUUCAGCUUCAAAAGCCGGCGAGCUAGAGGAUUCACCGGAAUAUCACUAGUCGCGGUAAUCGGAACCAUUAUAUGGGCGGGCGGGUUAGCGAAUCAGCACGGUUACUCGUUGGACAAACUACCGGAAAAGAAACUUGAUUUUAAAGAUUCCGGGAUAGAGUUUGCGGGACCAUUCGUGUUAUAUAUGAGCUAUGGAUUGUUAGAUGCAAUGUAUCAGAGUAUGGUUUAUUGGUUGAUAGGAGCAUUGGCUGAUGAUUCGCAGACUUUGAGUAGAUAUAGUGGAUUCUACAAAGGAGUGCAGAGUGCAGGAGCUGCAGUGGCUUGGCAAGUGGAUACUCGUAAGGUUCCGUUAAUGUCACAGCUUAUUGUUAAUUGGUCACUUACUACUGUAAGUUAUCCUUUACUUGUUCUUCUUGUGUAUUUUUAUGUUAAAAAUGAUAAUGAUGAUGAUAGUAAUGAUAAGGUUUAGAAGAUAGUAGUUUAUUAGAACAUUGAGUAAGUUAACUGUUUUUUAAUACGAUGACGUUCUGUUAUGAAUGUAACAGUUACAUAGAGAAACAAAGAUUUGAGGCUCUGAAAUGCCUUUAUUCUUUUAUGCAUGGUAAUUGAGUUCUCAUAAAGUAGUGUCCUUUGUUUAGUAUAUAUGACACAUAACUUUUGAGUAGUGAUGUCAUCGAUCGAAAUGGGGUGAGACAGAGAUGAUAAUAAUAGAGAAUACAAGUUGGCAUCGAUGGUGCAAUCUUCACUGUACGGAUGGUGUGUUACACCAAUCACAUACUUGUCAUGGGGACCAGCAAUUUCCAUAACCUUAUCAAGAUAGGGCAAAGGCUAAGGGAUAAAAGAAAAUCUCAUUCUUCGCUGAAUAAUAA